GUUAAAUAAAAUAUGAAAUCUUUAAAAUUCAAAAUACCUUCAAAUUGUACAAUGAUGUAUAAAUUACCAUACACAUACACGUAAACCUGAGUGUCGUUGAAGGUGAGGAUAAAAAAAAAAAGAUGUUUUUUAUCAGUCGCACAUGGCCGAUACGGUAUGCGGCGGCGAAAGACGAAGCCGCGAAUUAUACCUUUGAGGAAUACGACAAAUACAAUGCUCAGUUUGCCUACCUGGUGUUCACUUACUGUUCGUUCUACUUUCUCAUCGUGGGAAUACCUGGAAAUAUCUUAACCCUUGUCGUGCUACGUAGGAGGAGGUUGCGUGACUCGGAUUUGUCCCUGUACCUGGCCAGUCAAUGCAUCUUUAACGUCAUCUCUCUCCUCCUCUACGUCAUCCGCUACCUGCCCGUGGGUUUACAGAGCAGUGACGUCAAGACCAACUACUUGACCAUCUGCAGCGGCUACCUGUUCCUGAGUAAUUGCAUCAUCGCAAUCGUCUGUUGGCACCAGGUGCUACUGGCGAUAUGGAGAUUCUUGUACCACAGUGUCAGCAUUCGACCUAUGUACACCGGUUACGAACCUCCAUUGGCCGUAUUAGGGACCUGCCUGUUUUGUGGCUUUUACGAAAUCCUUAUAACUUAUUUUGGCAGUAAACGGCAAGAUAUAUUCAGCGGUUACAGCGAAUGUCUUCUAGACCAAGCGGUAUGGACAAAAGCCAACUAUAUCCUGGUCUUCGUGGUGCCCUGUGCCUGUCUGGUCAUCUUCUACUUAUUGUGGUUCAUCAUUCACAGGCGGAGAGAUGUCGACUGCAAAAACAUUCACGGGCUCGUUGCUUUCCUCGUCAAAACAACGAACGUCAUCUUUCUCGUGACGUCACUGGUUGCUCCCACCUACUAUUACCUAGUGUUUUCACGGUUCGAUGAAAACACGCGUCAGACGCGAGUGUACCUAGGCUACUUUGUAUCCCAGUCGACUAUCCACAUGAGUUUCGCUUCCAACGUGCUUGUGUACCUGACCCUGAGUUCCGCAUACCGGAAGGAGCUGCAUCACAUGUUUGUGGGGAUGUUCAGGCGCAAGUCGGUGUUGAUCGUGGACGAGGUUGAUGAAGAGGAAGAGGAUAUGAUGGAUGAGGUGGAUAAGACUAUAGAGUCUGUUGUGGGAUUCAACGAAACGAAGAUAUGAAGCAAGGACACCCACAGGAGCGGGUGAUACACAUUUCAUAAACUAAUGGACGUGUUUACCACUCAAUCUUAUUUUCUUCAAACAACCACUUUUAAUGUCAGUUAUUAUAAUUUAUUAUUCUUCAACUUUU